AUGGAAGCUGCUGCUGGAGAUGCCAGACCACGAUACGUAAUUGCUCGCCGGAAAAAAUGUGCUUUUCGCCGGAAGCCGUCGAGGUUUCCUCUAUCGGGCUUCAUGAAAUACGCGGUCCCAUCAGCACUCGUGCUCCUGAACAUGAAGUACCCGUCCGGGCCCAACAAGAGCCCGUUUGGCGAAAUGCCUUCCGCCGUAUGGUGCUUUCUUGCAGCCACCGGCGCAUAUUGGCUGCUUGCCGGCCGGAAAAUUCGGGCCGCCAACCGGAAAUUAAUGCACGCCGCGGCUCGUGUGUGCGUGCUAGUCACUUUACUCUCCCUGCUCGCCUUUUUUCUCCCGGGAGAAAAAUGGACUCUGUUAAUUUUACCUCCAGCUGCUCUGCUGAUGUGGCAUGUGCUCGAGUUCGGGUACCGUUGGAGUGCUGCCAAGGUUGCGAAUGUUGUCGGCAGAAUUCGAGCCAAGCAGCAACAGCAGCAGACUUUGCCCGUGUCCAACUAUCCUGUUCGCGAAUCGAUUUAG